AUGCAUCAAUCGACCAAGGACACAACCAUCCCCGCCGGCUCCUGGGUGCUCAUUACCGGCGCUACAGGCUUUAUCGCCUGCCAUGUAGCCCGUCAACUCUUGAGGCGCAAUUACAAAGUCCGCAGUUCGGUUCGGAACCUAGUCCAGGCAUCGUGGCUUAUUGAUCAGCUCUUCAAGUCACAUGUUGAUCGAGGCGAAUUUGAACUCGUUGAAGUUCCUGACUUAGGCGCGGAAGUCUCGACCCCGACCCGAAAUAUGUAUACCAGCUCUUUUGUGGCCCUCAUUUUGCCGCGGGCUGGGGAUACGACGCAUGUUACACAACAUACCUGGAACGAAGCCGCCGUCGAAGCUGCGUGGGCGCCACCUCCCUACGAGGCUUCUCGCAGCAUGACCACAUACGCGGCAAGCAAGGUCACUGCUGAGAAAGCUGUCUGGAAUUUUGUCAGCGAAAAACAGCCUCAUUAUAACGUCAACUCGAUCAAUCCGUCUGGUGUGUUAGGGGAGCCUUUGCACAGAAAGCAUGCUGAGGCAAAGUCCAACUGGCUCAACCACAUUUGGAACAAUAAAAGGAGCCUCCUGGAUCCCUACCCCGCCGCCUAUUAUGUAGAUGUCAAGGACGUUGCAUUGCUCCACGUGGCAGCCAUGCUUGACCCGGCUGUUCAGAAAGCCCGUGUGCAGGCUUGGGGCAACAGCGCUCAUUGGAACGAGUUUUUGGCUAUUUUAAGAGAGACGCGGCCAGACCACGCCUUCAUAGAAGACUAUCCAGAGACUUUCCAUCUUGCUGUGUCGAUUGACCAGAGUGAAGGCCUUAGCUUGUUGAAGAAAUGGGCAGGUCAGGAGGGAUGGAGGACUCUGCGGGAUGGAAUCGUUGAUAGUGUAAGCAAUGUCUACUUCUAA